AUGAACAAUAGUAGCUGCGCCGUGGAUUCAAUACGUCGUCUUCCGGAUCCUGAAAACACAAAUAAUUACGAGCAAAUACCCUUUGCGUUUGUGGAAGAAUUAUCUUCAAAGAAUGUUUUCCUGCGGUUACCAAGUGAUUUCUCACCCUUGGAAAGAAUGAUUUUGCAAGCAACAGGAAAUCUCCAACGAUUGCUAUCAGCCUUUUACAAUGUUCCGAGCCGUGUAGAGAUUAUAUACAAUAAUAUCAUACCAUACACCGAUCACCAAACUGUCAGCAAAGGUGUUUGCAAUACAACGCAAACUCAGUUUGAACGAAAAAUCAGAAUGUACUUUGAUGAUAAAGUAGCCUAUGACGCCGAAUCCAUCCUGUUAGUGAAAGAUCAAACCGUACUUGAGCUCAUCGAAAAGCAUAAAUACGGCCUGGGUCAAAUAUUUGGUCACACACAUCGGACACCGGAUUUCGUGUUACAUUCCGUCGGACGUCAUGGCGAUGCGCCUGGUGCCUCCUUCUGGAGAGAUUACACUUUGACCAUUCCAGAUGUCCUGGACUGCUUUAUUCGCGAGACCUUUGUAGAGGGUCUCGUUGAGCCUUUUUCCGGUAGUCGCUCCACCGGCACAAUUUGGUAUCGAGCUUCCAAUGAUACCUCGAAGCAAUUUAUAGAGACCAAUGGCCAGCUAUCGUCAGAGGUUCAAAUAAUAAGAUAA